UCCAAGCGGAGAGAAUUUUCUCUUCUCCACUUUGUUUCUUCCCUCACACGCUUUCCAAGCAUGGACACAGUCACCACUCGCAAAAUAAGUUUCCAGCACGAGCUGCACGAAAUCCACACUGUCGGAACUGAACUCUCCGUCACCGUCACGGCCAAGGCCUCCGUCGUCCGAGAGUGGCUCUCCUCAAGGCUCUACUUCCGCCAGCAAUACGUCCGCCGGAAACGCCUCGUCGUCGGCCUCGGCGUCCAGUGGACCGGCGGCUCCGAUUCUCCGGCGGACACGUUGCAGCUUUGCGUUGGCCGCCGUUGCCUCAUCUUCCAACUUGCGCACGCCAAAAGCGUGCCGAAGAAACUCCGCACGUUCCUCCUCGACGCUUCGCACACCUUCGUCGGAUUCUGGAACCACUUGGAUCGGCGGAAGCUGGAGAGUUCGGAGCACGGUUUGGAAAUGGUGAGGGAUCCUCUGGAUCUGAGGCGGUACGCGAAAACCGAGGACGGUGAUGACCUAACUCAAGCAUCGGUGGAGGAAAUCGUAGAGAAAUGUCUUGGUUUCGAAGUUGAGCAGAGGAGCGAGAUCAGCAUGAGCAAUUGGAACGAUGAAUAUCUCAGCGACGAUCAAAUUGCUUAUGCGACGAUUGAUGCUCGCUGCGCGUUCCUCAUCGGUAGGAAAAGCAGGGCUUGGGAACGAACAGGUAAUUCACUCUUUUAAUGCGAAAAUGCUUAAUUGUGUAGAAGCUUUAUUUCCUUGUUCAUGAUGAAUUUUAUAGCUAGUGGUGUACUGGGGUUAAUUGUGCCUACUCUUGAAUUUCACCGGUUUACUCGUAUUGAUGAGAGAUUGAUUUUGGUUUUCGUGAGUGGUAUACUCCA